AUGGAGUGCUUCCUGCAUGCCAGGGCACAAGAGAUUGUGUAUGGAGGAUUGAUGAUACUUAUCAUUCCAGGCCGCCCCAAUGGUACCCCUCAUUCUCUGACUUCGUUAAAUGUGGUCUAUCAACUUUUGGGAUCUUGCCUCAUGGACUUGGCUAGGAAGGGAGUAGUUAGGGAAGAGAAAGUAGAUUCUUUUAAUAUACCUAUCUAUACCACGUCUCCUCAAGAACUGCAAGCUGCCGUAGAGAAAAAUGGUUGUUUUAGCGCAGAGAAAAUGGAAAACUUACCUCGUAUCUCAGCACUUGACAUUGAAAAUGUUACUAGACGUGCCCAACUAAUUGCAUAUCAUGUUAGAGCUGCCACAGAGGGACUCAUCAAGCAGCAACUUGGAGAUGAAAUCUUAGAUGAGCUCUUAGGCUUGUACAGUAAGAAACUUAAACAGCAACCAUCAAUCUUUGAGUCAGGGAAGGUAAUUAACUUUCUUGUUGUGCUCAAACGCAAGCCCAAUUGA